AGAUUUUGUAUUACAAAAGGUGAUGGGCCCCUUCAAUUGUAAUAGUUAUCUGUGAUAACUUCAUACACUUCAGAAAUGGAAAUGCAGUGUGACACAUUUUCACUUCCCUCUCUACUGGAAAUAAAACCAACUCCCUCCCAGUCUGUUACUCACAAGCAAUCAAAAUGAACCAGGUCGUCUUCCUCUGUGUUCUCUCGAUGCUAUCACAACUUGGGGCUCCUUUGUUGGCCCCGUUCAGAGCUGUCAUGGAGAUGGUGUCAGGGGAAUCAAGGAUCUUCUCUGGAGAAAGUGUCCGGCUGAUUUGCAGUGUUCCUGAUAUCCACAGAUCCUCCUGGAACUACAUGUGGUUCAGAGGAUCUGAGCAGCUCCCACAGCAUGGCCAACACCUUAUUUUGUGGAACAUGAAGGUUGAAGAGAGUGGGAAAUAUUACUGUGAGGGAGUGCGGGACACACAAGUGGGUAACAUAAAAACCCUCCAAAGUCUGCCCUUGGAGAUCAAUGUGGAUGGAGGAUGGGUCAUCCUGCGAGUCCCACCUAUUCUCAGCCUCGUCGGGGACACCUUAACGGUCAUGUGUCGUGUCCGAGGCACACCCCCACUGCAUGAAGUGAUUUUGUACAGAGAUGCUGUUGAAGUAAUGAGACGAAAUGACCUAAACCCAUAUUUCAGCCUGACCAACUUGACCCUAAAGGAACAAGGAAUGUAUUCUUGUAGGGCUUCCUGGGACAUACACAGACGCACGCACUCUGUUAUUUCAGCUGAUGCUUCAGUGCAGGUCUCAGAGGUUCUGUCACUGCCAGUUUUGGAGAUUGUUGCAGACAAUAACCUGAUUCCAGUCAAUAAAAUUAAGCUUAUCUGCCACCUCCAAUACAACACUCAUGCUCCUGCACCUCCAAUACACUAUUAUUUCUACAAGAACAACAACCGACUGGGAACAGCAACCUCUGAGAACUAUGAUCUGGUUGAACGUACUCCUGGCCAGUACAGCUGCAGGGCCAAGGUGCCUGAGUUGGGCAUCUCCAGGUGGAGUGAACAAGAAACCUUUGGACAAGUGAGAGGACCAGAAAUCAUGCUGCAUCCAAGUCUUCGUCCUAGAAUGCCAUGGUCCCUUGUUCCCCUAAUCUCCUCCCAACAAACCUCCCGACCUCCAGCAGCCCACCCCUCCGUUCACCAAUCCACUCAAACUCCAGCUUUUUUUCAGCCAACUGAAGUAAGCAUCCAAACCUCAAGUCCACCUCCGAAGCCUUCACAGCCAGCGCCAAGCACUCUGCUACCUACAGUCCAGUCUCUCACCCAAACUCCUGCUCCUAUCAAUAUAUCUGAGGAACUGUCUGAUGAUACGUCUGCAGAAUCUAGUGGUGAUUCUGCAGAAUCUGAUGAUAUGCCAUAGGACUCUCCAGACAGUCCUAUGGUGACUAGUUGUCAUACAUUUGCAGAAAUUAAUGACCUAAAUCAAAUUCAUAACAUGCAACUGCCAGAUUUUACCUGUCUUGUGCUGGUGGUGCAUAUUUUUGAUUUGAUUAAUAGUGUAAUAUUGAUUUUGUCCACUUCAUGAUCCCAUCUGUUAUUGGGAAUAAAAAAUGCUGUCAUGUUGGUAUAGGCAAUAAAGUAUUCCAUAAAUCAUA